AUGUGUACCACGGGAACGCUCAGCAUCCUGAGCAGCGACUCCUAUGCUGAUCUUAGCCAGUACCGGGACCAGCACUUCCGGGGGACGCGGUACGACCAGGAGCGACUGCUUAGGAAGAGCUGCACCCUGUACGUGGGGAACCUUUCGUUCUACACCACGGAGGAGCAGAUCCACGAGCUCUUCGGCAAGAGCGGCGAUAUCAAGAAGGUCAUUAUGGGGCUGGACAAAGUGAAGAAAACCGCCUGUGGCUUCUGUUUCGUGGAGUAUUACGCAAGAGGAGACGCGGAAAAUGCAAUGCGGUACAUCAAUGGAACCAGGCUCGAUGAUAGGAUCAUAAGGACAGACUGGGAUGCAGGAUUUAAGGAGGGUAGACAAUAUGGUCGUGGAAGAUCAGGGGGCCAGGUCCGAGAUGAAUAUCGGCAAGACUAUGAUGCUGGAAGAGGUGGCUAUGGCAAAACUGUUCAAUACCAGUGA